UGUCACGUGAGUUGGAUUUCCGUUUGAACCUAAAUGACAACACAAUGGAGACCUUAAUCACGAACGCGGAAAUGGGGACGCUAGGAUAGUUUGAGUGGAUAUCGUUUGAUAGUUAGAUCUAGAUCUAUUGACAUUUUCUAAAAAAAAAUAAAUGGAACAUUCUGUUUGCAUUGCGUUGGUGGUGCUGUGGUCAUGUUUGAGUCGGAUUGAGACCCAAUCAACGCAGGUACCAAUCAAAAGUAUCAUGGGCAAUGUUGUGAUCAACACUGAUUACGGUCCCAUACGAGGUGUGACCUAUUCAUCCCAGUAUGAAAAUUUACCAACUCGAUGGGUGAAUGCUUUCCUAGGUGUACCUUAUGCUAAAACAUUAGCUCAAUAUGGCAGUGAUUGGAGAGAAAAAUAUAGAUUUCAUAAUCCUGAUGAUGACCCAUUUUGGUAUGGGACUUAUGAUGCUACUAAAUAUAAACCAGCUUGCCCACAGAUGCCUUGGAUGGUGAAAGAAACAGUCUGGGAUUUCACUGAAAUUUCUGAAGAUUGUCUUUAUUUGGAUAUCUACACACCCAAUAUCACCAAUGAAUCUCCAUCAACUAGUCCAACUUUGUAUCCAGUCCUAGUUUUUCUGUAUGGGGGUGGUUACAUCAUGGGUGCCUCCAGACAGUAUCCAGGUAUUUUCCUAGCUGAGAGGUUCACUGUAGUAGUAGUCAUCAAUUACAGACUAAAUGCUUUAGGUUUCCUGAGCACUGGAGAUCGUUUCUCAGCAGGCAACUACGGGAUGUUUGACCAAGUAAAAGCACUGAAGUUUGUUAAGAAAAAUAUAAGAUCAUUUCGUGGGAAUCCAAACAAAAUCACUCUCAUGGGUCACAGUGCUGGUGCUGCUAGUGUUGGGAUGCAUAUUUUAUCACCAAGAAGUGUUGGUUUGUUUGAUCAAGCUAUUAUGCUGAGUGGAUCUGAACUCAGUGAAUGGGCAGUAUUAACCAGAGCUGAUGCAAUUUUUUAUGCUCAAAGCCUGUGCAAAGAAGUAGGAUGUCCAACCACAGACUCACAGCAAAUGGUUGACUGCUUGAGACACUUCAGGAGCUUUGAACAGAUUGUAAAUGCCUCAGCACUAGUGGCUAUGAAGCCUGGCAAAAUAGGAAAUCCUUGGGCACCAAUAGUGGAUGGCCCAAUAGUUGGUGUCAACUAUGCAUUUUUGCCAGAUCCUCCAGCAGAACUUCGACGGCAGCUGCAACAGAUGAAUGUUCCUCUUCUUGCUGGCAUAGUCAGGGAUGAAGGAGCUUAUUUCAUUCCUAACCUUCCAAACCUAAUUGAUGGUGUGACUGGGCCACAGUUCCAGAACAUCUUAGAUGAGUUCAUUAGAUAUCGUGAAAUUGUAGACAAGACAGCCAUCUUUGAUGCCUUGAACUUCCAGUACACAUACUGGCCUCAGCCCACAAACUAUAGCUUCAUACGAAUGGAACUUAUUAACAUGCUAAGUGACUACAUGUUUGGUGCAGCUAUGAGUGAGACGAUAAGGCAACAUGUCCAGGCUGCUACUGUGUUCUUUUAUGUCUUUGAAUACAGCUCACAUCGCAGCUAUGUGCCCCAGUGGAGAGGUAUUGCCCAUGGUCAAGAUUUAGACUAUAUUUUUGGAUUUCCUUUCAUCAAUGAAACCUACAGAGAUCUAUUGGGCAUCUUCCCCAGACAAGAAUAUGACUAUAAUGACAGAAAUAUUUCAGAAUUUAUGAUCACUAUGAUCACUAAUUUUACUAGUACUGGGGAGCCUACCCCAAGGACAGAACAAAUACGCUUCUAUCGCAACGUGAGCUGGUAUCACUACAAUAUAGAGAACCACACUUACUUAAGUAUUAACAAUAUCUCUGUGAAUAAAAUCAACUACCGGCAAAGUGAAUUUCACUUCUGGAAUGACUAUUAUCCUAAACUGGCUGGAUAUUCUCCUUAUUAUGUAAAAGAUACAGCUGAUGAAGAGCCAGGACAAACAGCCACAUUUGAGAUUACUACCUGGGCUUUAGUAGCUGUUGGUGGUGUCCUACUUAUUGUAGUCAUUUGUCUAGUAGCAGUUUUAAUUAGUCGCUCACGAACUAAAAAAUAUCCAAAGUAUGAUCCAAAAUAUGACACAGGCAGUAAAACUUCCUCUGUUGCAAGCAUCUAUGGGAAAAACAGCAAAGCUUAUAUAGGAACUGGUUAUAAUAGUCGAGAAAUAUCACUAUGAUCAUUAGCAAUUAUACCUAAUCACAUCAUGGAAAUCAAAAAUUGUAAUCUCCCCAUUUCUGUUUAUGUGAAUCUCAAUAAUUGGUUGCCAGUGCUCCUAUACAAUUUAAUAAGAGCUUUUAACAAUAUUAUUUUCAACACUAAACUAAACACAUGCUCAGGAUUAGACUUAGUGCAGAAUUCAUUUCCAUUGAAUGAGAAAUCCAAAGCACCUUAUUUUAUUUUUUUUUUAAUAAAUGCAUUGUUGCAAAUGUUUUGUUAAUGACAACUGUUUCUGUGAUUAUCUUGACCAUAAUCUGAAAAUUGCUAACAAGAUAUAAUAAUAUUAUUGUUGUUUUUAUUGUCUCUGAGAGUUGGUUGUUUUAGUUUCAUAUUUGCUUCUAAUAAUUUUAAACUUGUAUAAAGCAAUACUAACAUCUAUUUAAAUAGGCGAGAAAUAAGUAUAAUGUGUUUUGAAAAUGAAAUUGUUUAGAAGAUUAAAUAGAUUAUCUAGAAUUCAUGGGACAUGUUCAUAAUUACUUGUCUGUCUUUACUUGGAAUUUAGAUUUAACUUGGUAUUGUUUUAGUGUCAUUGAACAGUUGAACAGAAAAUUUUUUUGUUUUGUUUUUUUUAGUUAUCCAAAGUAUCAUUCUGCACCAACAAAGAGCAGGGAUGAAAAUAUAACUUUCUCCUCAUGCUAAAUCAACGCAAACAUUUCCUGAUGUUUUAAUAUUUUGGGAGGGAAGAAAAUGAUUUUUUAAAAUUAACUUGUAUUUUUCUUUGGUAUCACUUGCUCUGGCAAAAUGAGGGAAAAGUUCCAAAUUUCUUUUUUUUUAUCCAUAUUCUUUAACAAUUAUGUUAGUAAAAAAAAAAAGCUUUAAAAAUUUUUUUUCAAUUUAUUAUUAGAUGAAAUAAAAUUGUUCAAAGUGAUUAAUGCCUGUCAAAAUAUCUGAAAACCAACAAGCUAGUUCUAAAAUUGUGACCUUUUUAAAAAAAAAAAAUUAUACUGAAAAAAAUAGUUCAUGUAUUCUAGUUUGUAAUCUAAAACUCUUUUUUUAAAUUUAAA